AGUUGCUGUAACGUGUAGCUCCUCGGAACAUUGUGGACCGCAAACUUUCACGACUGCACCUCCCAUGACAGCGCAGGAAAAAACAAGACCAGCGACGACAAACAAACAGGGAAACAGAAGGAAAAAACAACGGAGCUACGCCGACUGAAGCCGCUGGAGGAGUUUACUGUGGCGCACCGUGCGUAAAAGGCGCCCUGGCCGCUCCGCUGCGCGCUUGAAUUCAGUGCUUUUUUUGGUUUGUUUUUGUUUUUUUUGUUGUUGUUUUUUUUUUUUUAAUUGAAGAAUACAUUCGCGGAUUUUUCACCCGCAAGGGGCUGAAUCGAUAAUGUUAAAAAUGACAGAGGAGCAUGACAAGUGUGUGGGCGACCAGCCCUGCAGUCCAUCCGGCACCAACAGCUCCAUGUCCCAGGACGAGUCCGACUCGGACGCGCCGUCCUCGCCGACGGGCUCGGACGGCCAUGGGUCCCUGCUCACCGGUCUGGGCAAGAAGCUGGACUCCGAGGACGACGACAGGUUCCCGGCUUGCAUACGGGACGCAGUGUCUCAGGUCCUCAAGGGAUACGACUGGUCCUUGGUGCCCAUGCCCGUGAGGGGGAACGGAUCCCUGAAGAAUAAACCGCACGUCAAGAGACCCAUGAACGCGUUCAUGGUCUGGGCGCAGGCGGCCCGCAGAAAGCUCGCGGAUCAGUAUCCACACCUGCACAACGCCGAGCUGAGCAAGACUCUGGGGAAGCUGUGGCGUUUGCUCUCAGAAAAUGAGAAGAGGCCAUUUGUGGAGGAAGCAGAGAGGCUUCGGGUCCAGCACAAGAAAGAUCACCCGGACUACAAGUACCAGCCCCGGCGACGGAAGAAUGUGAAACCGGGCCAGAGCGACUCCGACUCGGGAGCAGAAGUGGCUCAUCACAUGUACAAAGCCGAGCCGGGGAUGGGAGGACUGGUGGGGAUCAGCGACGGACACCACCACGCUGAGCAUGCAGGGCAGCCUCACGGUCCCCCCACACCACCCACCACUCCCAAAACAGACCUGCACCACGGGGUGAAGCAGGAUCUGAAGCACGAGGGCCGCCGUCUUGUUGAUAGCAGCAGGCAAAACAUCGACUUCAGCAACGUCGACAUCUCUGAGCUCAGCACUGAUGUCAUCAGCAACAUGGAGACCUUCGACGUGCACGAGUUCGACCAGUACCUCCCGCUCAACGGCCACGCCUCGGCCUCCUCCGCCCUGCCCUCAGACCACAGCCACGGGCAGCCUCCGGCGCCUGGCGGAUCUUACGCUUCCUCUUACGGCCACGCGGGUGCCAACGGGCCGGCGUGGAGCCGCAAGGGCAACAUGUCCUCCACCUCUCCCUCAGCCGGCGAGGUGGGCCAGCACCGGCUCCACAUCAAGACGGAGCAGCUGAGCCCGAGCCACUACAGCGAGCACUCCCACAGGUCCCCCUCGCACUCCGAUUACAGCUCCUACAGCAGCCAGGCCUGCGUCACCUCGGCCACGUCGGCCGCCUCGGCCGCAGCGUCUUUCUCCAGCUCCCAGUGUGACUAUUCUGACAUCCAGAGCUCCAACUAUUACAACCCUUACUCCGGCUACCCCUCCAGCCUCUACCAGUACCCUUACUUCCACUCCUCCAGGCGGCCCUACAGCAGCCCCAUCCUCAACAGUCUGUCCAUGGCUCCUGCCCACAGCCCCACCGCCUCCAGCUGGGACCAGCCCGUCUACACCACGCUGUCUCGGCCUUAAAAAGAGGAACGAGGGAAAAAAAAAAAAACGGCGUCAGUUCGCUCCCAGAGACUCACUCAGAUCGAUGCACUACUAAUGAAGGAAGUUGAGGUGCAGGUGGAGAGGUGUGUUGUGUGUGUGAGGCCGCCUGCGACCAUCUGAACGUGAAACAAACAAAAGAGAAAAAAAAAAAGUGCCUGCUGAUUUUAUACAAAGUUAUAUGAUGAAGAAAAAAAAAGAAAAACUACAAAAAAAAAACACUCUUGUACAGACUUUUUACACAAAGACUAAUUGUGUUGUCGGCGAGCCAAAACUCCUCCAUGAGGAAAUGUCGCCCACGCCCACAUCCUGUACAUCCCACCGUCUUCUUUCCAGUUUAAGAUUGCACGUGCGCGCACACUCGAGGUAAAGCAAAAGGCCUGCCACUGAGCUGUGUAGGAGAGGAACGCUUUGGCUCGAGUCCGCCGCGAAGCAGAUGGAGAAGCAGAUACGUCGGAGACGGGGACCAAUUAUGUGAAUUCUGCAGUCAAAUUUACAUUAACGGCCGGAGCUAUAUUAUCACAGCACAUUUGGCCAUUUUGCAUCAGUGGAUCAGUCUUAACUAAAUGGCUCAUUUGAAUCUUAUAAAAGUCUUAUAUGUAUUUAUGUUCAUGCAUUAUUGGUUUCUUAAUUUUUAUUUUUUUUGGUUCUUAAGUAGAUAAACACACGUAAUGUGGGUUUGCUUAUUUACAGUACUGUUUGGCUUUUUAAAAAAAAUGAAAUUAAGGUGAACCAAGUGAAGGACGGUACGAGUACAACAAUGUCGAUAUCAUUCCGUUGAACUUUUUAUUUUUUUUUUCCAGUAACAUCUCCAUUCCAAGCAAACAAGAGGCGGACCAACAGACUCGCGCGGGACAGAACAGGUGUCUGGAGGCUACGCGUGGCAAAUCGCGAUUAGUCAUGAUGUGGGGUUAAAGGAAAUGGGGUAAAACAACACCGCGCGCUCUGAGUGACAUGUCAGCUGGACCUCCUGCAUACGUGGAUAUGACAGCACACAGAUAUGUACAUGCACCCGUGUGUGUUUGUGUGUGUGUUAGGCAGAUAAAGUGCUUCUGUGCGUGCGAGUCGUUUCCUCGGGAAAAGACGUCCACGCACCAAACGAUGCUUAAACCUUGAACUUCAUCCGUUGCUCAAAGAUUAUUUAAGGUGUUCGGGGAGGAAAAUCAAAGAGUGUGUGUGCCCGCAUUUAUCUCAUCGACCAUUAAGUGCCAACUCACUGGCGCAAUCUCGCGCGCAAAAAUAAAAAAAAAAAAGAGAAAAAAGUUUUUGUGCCUUCUAACGCUUCUUGUCAGUAUUUCAAUAUGAAAUUGAAAUGAUUAACAAAAAAAAAAAAA